AUGUCAAAGGCUAAACGUGCUUUAAAGCCCAUUGAGUGCUUGUCAGACCGCCAGGUUCGUCGCAGAGUUUCUGCUGCAGUAGAAAAAGAGUUACAGGACCUGUAUGGAGCAUCUACCUCUGUGCUGGCUGGAGAUGAUGAACUUAUUUCAAGCAGUGCUGUGGCAUCCACUGUGGGUCCAAAUUCUGAUGCACUCUUCAUAGAUUCUCAUGUUGAACCUCUUCAGGCAUCACAUGAUGACUCAUCCAGCAGAGACUUGCAGAAACAUGAUGAAAUAAGGAAGCUUGUUCGAAAAAAAGCUCUGGAUACAUCAUGGCCAUCAUACCCAGCCCGAAUCCUUGGGAGAGCUGAAACAUAUGAAGAAGCUUGCAGGAAGCUCCAACGAGCCGAAGACACUUCAGAUCUGAACACUGAGGUUGAUCAAAAUCAUAUUAAAUCAAAAAGGAGACGAAGACCUGCUCAGAAAACAUUAUCUGAUGAAGAGUGCCCCCCACCUGCAGCAAAAAAGCUAGCACAAAUUCCUGCAGUAUCCACUGAUUCACUGCCUCCAUCAGCUGGACCUUCACGGCCAACUCCUACAGCAAGUUCAGGAAUGGCAGAAGGAUACAUUGGAUUUCAGGGUCGAAUUCUUGCAAAGUUGGAAGUCAUUUCAAACACCUUGGCAGCACAUACAAGGGAGCUGAAGGAAAUUCGCAGAAUCAUCACUCAACACCCAGAAGAGGAGAGCGAGAACCUUGAAGAGGAAGAUCAUGUUCAAAUGCCAAGCUUGCCUGCUACUUCACUUGAAGAGCUGCAUGUAUUGGAUAAUUUAUGUGCAGUAGAGGCAAAUAGAAAGGCUCUGAGACUUCCAGGGACAAGCUCCCUGAGACAGGGGAGCAUCACAUGAAGAAUUGAAGAGCUGCAAAUUUUUUUUGUUUCUGG